UUUAAAUGUCUCGUUGAUCAGUUGCAGGUGGGGGGUUGUACUUGGGAGGCUUCGUUUGCCGUCAGGGUGGUUAGAAGGUUCAUUUGCUUUAAUUUACGCUUUUUGUACUAUUUAGUUGUAGGCAAUUGCUACACGUUCAGCCCUUUACGUGCUUCGAUAGUUUUCAGGGGGCCGCAUCCUGUUAACCAUCUCAUUAAUUAUUCUAGAGAACCACGGUCUAGGCAUUUCAGAGUAAUUUUUGUCGAAUUUAGAUGCCAUCAACAGGCGACAGAUGUGAGAUUGAGAGCCUUUUCCUUUUCCAUCACUGACAAUGUCGUCGUCUGUUUCCACUAUUUCCACUAUCUCCAGCACUUCCUUGGUAUUUUCUCCACGAGAAAAGUCUUGGGCUGUGGCAUCAGACAAGCAAAUAUGUAGAAGCGAGCUUUCCAUGCCAUCAAUCCAAUUCAAACAUCCCAUCAAGGUUUCCUGUUCCGGUGUAGAGGCCACAUUAUCAUCCUCACGGUCAAUUUCCAGUUGUCCAGCCUCAUGGACAGCGGAUUCUAGUGCUGGAAGAAGAAAUUUCGCAGUAGUCAGUAGGCAGCGAUACUUUCGUGCGAGCCGUGCGACUGGAAUGGCAGUCGAGGAGGCUAUAUCUGAUGACAGUAUGGCCCAGUUUGUGGACGUUGCGCACAAGCUCGCGGAUGCUGCGCGAGUAAUAACCUUGAAAUAUUUUAGGGCCAAGUUCCAGAUCAUCGACAAGUCUGACUCGAGCCCUGUUACAAUUGCUGAUAGGAGCGCGGAGCUGGCAAUGCGUGAGCUUUUGGCUGAACAAUGCCCAUCUCAUUCUAUAUACGGAGAGGAAUGGGGCUUGACAAUUCCUGAAGGAGGUUCGGAUUAUGUUUGGGUUUUGGAUCCUAUCGAUGGCACAAAGAGCUUCAUUACUGGGAAGCCAGUCUUCGGUACACUCAUUGCUUUGUUGUAUAAUGGCGUUCCAGUCCUUGGCGUCAUUGAUCAGCCGGUUCUGCAGGAGCGGUGGUUAGGAAUUCAGGGGAAAGUUACAACUCUGAAUGGAGUUGAGAUUCAAACACGUUUAACUGCAUCUCUUAAGGAUUCCUACUUGUAUACAACUAGUCCUCACCUAUUUGCCGGAGAUGCAGAAGCAGCCUUCAUUCGAGUCCGAAAUGAGGUGAAGGUACCUCUUUAUGGCUGUGACUGCUACGCCUAUGGACUUUUGGCAGCCGGCCAUGUCGAUCUAGUAGUUGAGUCUGGACUAAAGCCAUACGAUUAUCUAGCUUUAGUUCCAGUAGUGGAGGGAGCAGGGGGUGUAAUCACCAACUGGAAUGGGGAAAAACUUCGCUGGCUACCUGAAAUGGGUGAGGUUGGGAUAGAAAUUAUCGCAGCUGGAAAUGCUAGCGUUCAUGGAGCGGCCCUUCAGGCACUUGCCGGGAAUGGACCUAGCACCACCAGCUAGAAAUUCCCCCAAGCAUUGUUGAAUGAACUCUAAGUGGUUUGUCAAUAAUGGGAAUUGACUGAUUUCCAAGAGUAAAAUGCUUGUGGUGAUAUGUGCCUGGAUAUAUCUCUUUCAUGUAACAUCAAAACAUUUUUUUAAUUCCAAUCUUAUUGGUCAUUAUUUUUUA